CCGACGCUGGAGCGGCGCGGGCAGACAGCGGACGGGACCCGAGCUGACACCGCGGUGCCCAGGACACCACAUUCCAGCCGGGACGCAGAUAUCUCUGGCGCUUCACUUGUUCUGUUCCGUGUUAAUUCCCGGUGCCGGCCGCUUCAGCAGGAACCAAAUUUAAAAUAAACCCAAAAGGGGGCUCGAGUGUCGGUUCCCUCACCUGUCGAGAUGAAUCGCUGUACAGCUGCGUUGCUCCUGUUGGUCUUCGCCGUUUACUUUCUCAACGUGGAAGCCUACAAGUGCAAGUGCACAAGGAAGGGCCCGAAGAUCCACUACAAGGAUGUCCAGAAGCUGGAGAUUAAACCCAAACACCCCUUCUGCCAGGAGAAGAUGAUCUUUGUGACCAUGGAGAACGUGUCUCGCUUCAAAGGCCAGGAGUACUGCCUGCACCCCAGACUGCAGAGCACCAAGAAUCUGGUCAAGUGGUACAAGAUCUGGAAGGACAAGCACAGGGUUUAUGAAGCUUAAAUCAACGGAGCAUGCAGGAUUCGACAGAAACCCCUCAAAGAUCAGACUGUUUUAAAAGCACAAAUCUUAUAUCCCAAGCAAAAUUCUCUUUUUACAGACAGCAGGAGAGAUUAUCAAGGUCAUAACAGAUUAUUUGUAAUCUGUUUGUGCCAUUUUUAAAAUGAAAAAAAAAUCCAGUACCUUUUACAGUCACCAUUAUAUGCUGGUAGCUAAGUGCUUUUUUUUUAAAAAAAAUGAUAUCAGAUAUGCUUUUUGCAUUGCAAACAACUCUUAAAUCAUAGCUGGAUCAUGAGGGCCUUGAUAAAUCUGGCACAGAAUAAUGUUACUCACUGAAAAUCAUCCGGCAACACUCUAGUUUCGUUUUCCCAUGUAUCUGUCUCUGUUCUGCCUGUGGAAAGCUGUACAAGCCCUGGAGUGCUUGAUGGGGUCAGAGUGCCUGCAGUCGCUGCGCUGGGGUGCAGUCUGCUGUCUAGGUGUGCUGACAGAGGCCAUGUGUUUCGUGAAACUGAUAGAUUCGGGGUGGGAGGACGAGGGAGGCGGGUGAGGCCAGGUUUUCGCACUUGUUUCCUUUUCGGUGUGAACUAUUCCAGAAACUGUCCCGAGUCAGCCCAGCGAUCGCCGGUCUCCCCUCUCAACUGGCACUUGGUCUGGAGUCACCCUCUUUGAGUAAUAGUUUCGCACAGGUUUUGCAGGCCUGUGUCACAGAGUCCAGAGUACUCUCCCUCUUUCACCACAUGUUACUGAAAAACCCUAUCCAGUAUAUAUAUCCACAAGCGUCUGGGUACUGUUUUCUUUUGUAUUAUGUCCUAAUAUUUGCUUUACUUUGGGCAGCACUUGUAUUCCUCACCAAACUGAAUGUACAGCCUAAUAAUUUUUUUUUGCUAAAACUUUGCAUUUCACUUGUUUUGUAUCUCAUAUAUAAAUAUAUAAAUAAGCAGCUUGUAAAUAGAUGAAUACUAUGUAGAAAAGACAAAUACAUUUAUUAUCUCUUAAUGUAAUGUAUUGUAUUGCUAAAUUAUCAUUUUGCUAUUUAAAUGUUCUGUAACAGAAAUGUGUGUUUCUGUGAAGGGUCUCUCCAGGCCGUCCUGAAGAGAGUGUGUUGUGAUGCACAAGCAAUAAAACUUUGAAACAGA